AUGGGGUCAGCACAACGAACACGACCUUUUCUUCGACCCUAUCUUCAUCGCUGUGGUGACGCUGUGGUAGACGGCGAUUUGGCGGAGAAAGUGCAGGUGGACCUGUUCCAGAUGCCUGGCAGCAUGAUGGACGAGGAGGAGGAGGAGGAGAAGAAGGAUGAGGAGGGUGGUUUAUUUCAUGCCAAUCGAAACAGCGCCCAGUCAAACACUUCUGUUGGUGUAUCAUUGCCCACACCAUGCCUCAAUAACCUCAUUUCAUCUACAAUGGUGGAUGCACGUGGUCCACAUACCGUUUGA